AUGUUGGAUGUCUUCCGGAGCCUUAAAACUUUACUUAAGACAAGUCGCGUCCAAAUUGAUAACAAUGUGUUUCGAUUGCAUUACUCCAUAACUGUUAUCCUAUUGUUGGCCUUUUGUGUGAUCAUUACCACAAAGCAAUACGUCGGCGAUCCUAUCGAUUGUGUCCGAAGUGAAGCCAUUCCUCAAAGAUUCACACAACAUAUACAGUGCCCAAAAGUUAUCAUAAAGAAGUUGGCGUUGAUGUUGUGGCUCCGGGAGUAG